AUGGUCGCUCAAGUUCAAAAGCCAGCUCCACAAUUCAAGAAGACUGCUGUCGUUGACGGUGUUUUCGACGAAGUCUCUUUGGACAAAUACAAGGGUAAGUACGUCGUUUUGGCCUUCAUCCCAUUGGCCUUCACUUUCGUCUGCCCAACUGAAAUUAUUGCUUUCUCUGAAGCUGCUAAGAAGUUCGAAGACAUUGGCGCUCAAGUUUUGUUCGCCUCUACCGACUCUGAAUAUUCUUUGCUAGCCUGGACCAACGUUGCCAGAAAGGACGGUGGUUUGGGUCCAGUUAACAUUCCAUUGCUAGCUGACACCAACCACACUUUGUCUAAGGACUACGGUGUUUUGAUUGAAGAAGCCGGUAUUGCUUUGAGAGGUUUGUUCAUCAUCGACCCUCAAGGUAUCGUCAGACACAUCACCAUCAACGACUUGCCAGUUGGUAGAAACGUUGACGAAGCCUUGAGAUUGGUCGAAGGUUUCCAAUGGACCGACAAGAACGGUACUGUUUUGCCAUGCAACUGGACUCCAGGUUCCGCUACCAUCAAGCCUGAUGUCGAGGGCUCUAAGGAGUACUUCUCCUCUGCCAACUAA